AUGGCAUCUAAUAAUUUUGCAUCAAUAUCCAACCUAGCGCCCGAGCUUCUGAUCCGCAUUUUCCAACUCUUGGACCCAGCCAGCCUCAUAUCGCUCAGCCAAACGAAUGUCCAUUUGCGAUGGGUCAUUCAACCGACGAAGCUUGAUUUCUGCGAGCGGCUGCUUUUCUUCGAAUCCAAAAAACAAGGAGGGGAAACCGUACCUGUAUACGAUUCGAGGACAAACAAAAUCCAGCCCGAGUGCUCUAAUAAAGCCAAAUGGAAAUCGAUGUUAUGGGCCUGUAGCGACUGUCUUCACAUGCUGCCUCAUACUGCGUUUGACGACCACCACAUUUUUGGGCUGGGCUAUCGAAAGCCUAUCCCCGACUCGCCUAUGGUCACCAAUUUUACAAGCUGGGAGCCAGCCAGCACAGGAAGAGACCUCACGGCAGACGAAGCCUGGCGCCAAAGGCAUUCCCCUGGCAUUGAAAAUGAGAUCAAAGCAAUCAAAAAGAGAUACAGAAUUGCGAUAACUGUGCUAAAUAAUCCGAUGUCCUGGAAUCUACGAGAGCGAUUCGACCGUUUCCAAGAAAGCGGAAUGGCCGCGUUUGAGGACAUGGCUUUCGAAGACUUCCUUCAAUUAUCACCGGACCAGAAAAUUGAUUUAGUAUGUCAAGAAGCACGGUCCAUUGGGCCAGCCAAGCUUUGCCAUCUCGCCGGCUGA